GAAGAUCCAAGUUCGUAAGGCUAAGUAGAUUUCCAUCUACAGAACAUCCACCCAAAUUCUGUCUAUUGUCAUCGCGAUACCUACACAAAAACAUUCUGCUACUUUUCAAGAUCAUAGCCACCAUUCAAGACCAUCAUGUCAGGACUCGAGAAGGCCCUCUUCAAUUUGAAGUUCACCGCAAAACAAAUCAACAGACAAGCCAACAAGGCUGGGCAAGCAGAAAAGGCCGAGAAGGAUAAACUCAAGAAGGCAAUCCAACAAGGCCACCCUGACAUCGCAAAGAUCAAUGCCGAAAACGCCAUCCGCAAACAAAAUGAGAAAUUAAAUCUACUGAGAUUAGCCAGUAGAAUUGAUGCCGUGGCCAGUAGAGUACAGACUGCUGUUACCAUGAGACAAGUCACCGGCAGUAUGACGAAUGUAGUAAGAGGAAUGGAUCAAGCUAUGAAAGCUAUGGAUUUGGAAAAGAUCUCAGCAGUAAUGGAUCGAUUCGAGACACAAUUCGAAGAUUUAGAUGUAGCAACAGGCUAUUACGAAAACGCAACUACAUCCGCAACAGCGGUAGCAACUCCUCAAGAAGAUGUUGAUAGAUUGAUGAACCAAGUUGCGGAUGAGGCUGGAAUUGAGUUGAACCAAGAGAUGAAGAGUCCAGAAGCGGCGACCCCAGUCAAAUCGAAUCCAACUGAAGUAGAGGAGGAUGGAUUGGGCGAAAGACUAAGGGCCUUGAGAUCGUAGAAUUCUACGCUUAUAGGGAGAAAGAUGUUUGGGUAUAGGCGUUGUGGAUAAGAACAGAAUAAAGAAUGGCGAAUAGGGUGUCCUUUUAUUAUUCGGGAUGUAUUUAUCUGUGGAUCUUUUGAGCGUAUUGAAAUUAGAAUGCUUACAAGAAACAUGAAGAUAUGGAUGGGUGCCUGACUUUGGUAGGAAAUUUUCAGCGAUGUAUAUUGGCCUAGUUUAUAAUCCAGGCGGUGCACGUAUGUCAAGGUUGUCAAAUUACAAAACAGUCACCGUUUAAAGGAAGAUCAAAGACGUUCGGCGAUUUCAGCUCUACUACGAGCUUCAAGUGAAGCUCCUCGACGCUUCUCUCUUCAUUAUAACUGGCAAGUAUCAUUUACAUGACAACUUUGCCUAUUCGCACUCAUUUCUCAAAUUUCACAUUCAUUUCAUAACUACUUGUUUCACA